UUGAAGACGGUGGUUCAUUGAAGUCAGUGAAACUUAUUGAUGUAUCAAAUCGUGUGACCAUGGGAGAGAGUUUUGUGCAAGGGGUACCAAAACUAGAAGAACUGAGGAUUCGUGGUUGCAAAGACAUAACUUUCAAAGGAAUGGAAUCGCAUCAAGAUAUUAGCUCACUUCAUGGAUUGGCUCCUGAGCGCUGUUCCCAAGUUCUUUCCACGGUGGCAGAGGAAGAAGAAAAGCAACUACAACAAAGGUUGCCUUGCAGACUUCAUAAUCUGGAACUGAGGGAUUGUGAAAACCUUGCAAAGCUACCGCAAACGCUGCAUAAUCUCAGUUCACUUACAGAUAUAUCAAUAAAAAACUGCUCAAAUCUUGUUUCUUUUGCAGAAGUAGUUGGCUUGCCUUCUCAGCUGAGAUCCAUUACGAUUGAGAAUUGCAAAGCACGGGGAGUCGAAGCAUUGGUGCACAGCAGCAUGACAUCUCUUGAAAGUUUCAAAAUUUCAGAUUGUGAGUCUGUGAAAUACAUUGCAAGAGUCCAGCUACCUCCGAAUGUGAAGCGGUUGGACAUCAAAUAUUGCAAUAACUUACAGACUUUGGUGGACAACGAAGUUUCCGAAAUGCUCGAGGAGAGUAUCAACAGUGGAAGCAGUCAGAACACUUCUCUGCUAGAGUACCUGAAUAUUAGAGACUGUGAAUCUCUCGCGUGCUUGUUGUCACACGGUGAGUUGCCAUGCUCAGUUAAGCGCAUUGAGAUUGAUAAUUGCCCGAAUCUUUUUUCCUUCUCUCCAAGAGGUAAUCUUCCUACGGCUCUUGGAUCCCUUAGCAUUCGGCAAUGCUCAAAGCUGGAGUCAAUAGCAGAAACGGUGAAUGAUAACACAUCUCUUCAGAGAUUUCGUAUCGAUGGGUGUAAAAAUCUAAAAUUGUUACCCGAUUGCUUGAACAAACUCAGCCAUCUUCAAGAGUUUAAAGUAAUGGAUUGUCCAAGUUUUAUUCAAUUUCCAGAUGGAGGGUUGCCCUCCACCAAACUGUCAACGCUUUACAUAAAUGAGUGCGAGAAACUGGUGGCCCUGCCAAAUGGAAUGUGCAAUCUCACCUCUCUUCGGAAUUUGACAAUACAAAAAUGUCCAGGCAUUGUAUCUUUUCCUGAGGAUGGAUUUCCCACUAACAUUUGGUCACUCGAGAUUAAAGAUGCCAACAUCUGCAAGCCAUUGUUCGAGUGGGGAUUGCACAGACUCACCUCUCUUUCUGAGCUCAAAAUUAGUGGAGGAUGUGAUGACGUGGAGUCCUUUCCGCAGGAGGAGAUAGGAAUGAAACUUCCAACCUCUCUAGAUACACUGGAAAUUGAAAAUUUUCCGAAUCUGGAAAGCCUGUCCUCAUCGGUUCAAAACCUGACCUCCUUAACAGAACUACAUUUCGUUCGUUGUCCGAAGCUCAAAUACUUUCCAAACGGGCUGCCCCCCUCAAUCGACUAUCUGUAUAUCGGUGGAUGUCCUCUGCUGGAAGAAAAAUGCAAAAAGAAUGCAGGGUAUUGGCCCAUCAUAGCCAACAUAAUCCCGGAAUCUCCUUGAAUUCUAAUCAAUUUUAUAAACCUUCAGCCCAAGCCAACUUCAAAGAUCUGCGCCUUCUCACUUGUUUUCACUGUGAGGAUAGAAUGCAGAGUAUUGACUCCUCCAUGAAUGUCUUUACAAAGGUAACUUCAUUUUGUGUCAAACUUGCAGAAAAUCAAUUAGUUAGAGAUGCUGGUCGUGCAAAAGAGUUCUCAGUUGUUCAGGCUGUUCACCAAUUGCUUUGUAUAAGAAUGUUUAUAUAUGUAGGUUUCUUCGGUAUCUUUGUGCCAUCUUAUGUGUUCAGUCUUCACAUUUCUCUUGACAUGGACACGAGGUUUCUUGUUAACUUCGUGUUUUUUAU